AUAAUACAUUGCGAUAAUUUGGUUUUGUCAAGCAAAACCAACCUAAUUUCUAACACCUGUUCUAAAAACAUUCGUCUUCAUUCAAAGCACCCAGACUGCAUCUCUUCUGUGAUCUUUCAGGAUCUGAGGAACAUGUUUGCUUCUACAUGACAUUUGAUUUUGGAUAAAUCCAUCCAUCCAUCUUAGUCUUCUCAUUGUCUGAGUGUGGUUUACAGAAGAGGUCAGAGGUUACACCCAGCAUUAGCAGUACUCCUGUGGGAUCCCAAGGUGUUCCUGGACCAGGCAGGAAUAUUUAGUUCCUUCAGUUAGUUCUGGGUCUGCCCCUGGGUCCGUUUCCUGUGGGACGUGCUUGUGACUGUAUGCAAGAAAAAGACAAAAGAAAUUUCUAAAAAAAUACAAUUUAUUAAUCAUCAUAUGGAGAGUCUGGAUCAUAGGAGGAACAUAUAAAGAAAUUAGGGCUGGUUUAAGAUGUUUUGUCCAUCAGCUUGAACAUCUGUCCUGAGCAGCUCCUCUGCAGCAGAGUUCAUGUUUCUGGAUCAAACCGAUACUGUCAUAAAAUCCGCCCAGAACCAGGCUGUAUGCAGAGCGUGGGAGUGGCUAGGUGAAAGUGUCCACUCGGCUUGCAGAUCCUCAGCUGUGGGCACUCCACUCCACUCCAGUCCACUUCACUCCACUCCACGGUGAUGUAACAGGAAGCAGUGGGCUGACUUCCAACGUCAAGCUGAAGCCGCUUGAGCUGCGCGCAUAGAUCCACCGGAGGUCCGCUGUGAUCGGAUCCCCGAACCGAACCCUGAACAGCAGCAGAGAACACUGGACGGAGCCGAACCCGCUGCAGGACCCCUGUGUCUGAUCACAGUUACACAGUUAUGUUUUACACUCCCUCUCUGAGUGAGCCCCUCCUCACCGGGUAAAGCUCUUGUAACUCCGAGCAGCAUCUCUGAUGGGAGAGACGCGAAGCGACCUGCAGAUCGGAAGCUGGUGAAUCAUUACCUGAUUCUGACAUGGCUGAGAGGAAACCCGACGGUUUCAGAUGGAGCUGGAUGGUCACACUCGUGCUUUUGUGCAAUUUAACAACGUUCCUGGUGAGGGCGAGCAUGGAGGUUAAUGAAAGCCAGCAGCAGCAUCCCAACAACGUCUACCAUGACAUCGGAAUCACCAGGAACAAGAUAGUUACGGCCCAGUUUGAGUGCUACCAGAAGAUAAUGAAGGACAACACAGAUGGCAGACAAGAAUCCAUGUGUAAUCGGACUUGGGAUGGAUGGCUGUGUUGGGAUGACACUCAAGCCGGGAUUACGUCGGAGCAGCACUGCCCGGACUACUUCCAGGAUUUUGAUCCUUCUGAAAAGGUGACGAAGAUUUGCACUGAAAGUGGUCACUGGUUUAUGCAUCCUGAGAGCAACAGAACGUGGACCAACUACACACGCUGCAAUGAACACACUAAUGAAGGCAUUGUGACUGCGAUGAAUCACUUCUACCUAACCCUCAUAGGACAUGGACUCUCUCUGGUUUCCCUCUUCAUCUCACUGGCUAUAUUCUUCCAUUUCAAAAGUCUGAGUUGUCAGAGGAUAACCCUCCACAAGAACCUCUUCUUCUCUUUUGUUCUGAACUCUGUGAUCACUAUACUUUGGCUGACUGCCGUGGCAAACAACCGGGAGCUGGUGCAAAGAAAUCCAAUGAGCUGUAAAGUGUGGCAGUUUAUUCACCUGUACCUGUUUGGCUGUAACUACUUCUGGAUGCUGUGUGAAGGGAUUUAUCUGCACACCCUCAUCGUCGUGGCUGUAUUUGCUGAGAAGCAGCACUUGAUGUGGUAUUAUCUGCUGGGAUGGGGCUUUCCUCUUAUUCCUGCUACCAUACAUGCUGUCGCCCGGAGUUACUACUACAAUGACAACUGUUGGAUUAGCUCCAAAACAUCGCUGCUCUACAUCAUCCACGGUCCCAUAUGUGCAGCUCUCCUGGUAAACUUGUUCUUCCUACUAAACAUCGUCCGAGUUCUCAUCACCAAGCUGAAGGUGACGCAUCAGGCAGAGUCCAGUCUCUACAUGAAGGCAGUGAGAGCUACUCUCAUCCUGGUUCCUCUUCUGGGAAUUGAGUUUGUCCUGCUUCCCUACAAGCCUGAAGGACGGGUCUCCUCUGAAAUAUAUGACUACAUAAUGCACAUCCUAAUGCAUUACCAGGGUCUGCUUGUGGCAACCAUCUUCUGCUUCUUCAACGGAGAAGUCCAGGCGGUUCUGAGGCGACACUGGAACCAGCACCACAUCCAGUUUGGCAGCAGCAUUGGAAACCACUCGGAUGCCCUGCGCUCAGCCUCCUACACGGCUUCCUCCAUCAUCGAGGUGCAGGGCUGCUACACCAUCGACGGUCACACAGAACACAUGAACGGAAAGGGCUUCCACGACACAGACGUGUCCAUCCUGAAGUCGGACAACACCUUCGCCUGACACCUGCGCCCUUCCUGACUCUGUCCAUCCCUCCGCUUUCCUAACAGCCGCAUCAUCAUGCGUCAUGCGUGGAGACAUGGGAAACUCUCUCUGACUGUCACGUGUCAGGAAGUGUGUGUGGAAAAGACUCUCAGCCACAUUAAGGAAAUGUUCACUCCACCGGUCUGAGCGAGGGGAACUCGGUACAGCUUCUCUUCCACUGUUCUGUUCAGCCGCUCCACCUGGACUCUGUCACAUUCUAACCCUCCUGAUUCAUUAAACUAAUGCAUAAUUACUGCUGGUUUACGCUUUUGGCACCAUGUUGUGGACAAAAGCCCUUCGGUUACGCUGUAAAAAACUUUUUUAACACAGAUCACGCCAAACCCGACGCUCAGAUUAACCCCCCUCUUAAGUCCGUGAAAUAAUGGAGAUAUAAUAUUAAGAUCAUACCUAAACCUAGGAUCAGACCUAAACAUUCGUUUCUAAAAUAUUACUAUACAGUAUUUAUUAAAGGCCUUCUCCGCUUUAUUUUGAAUCAGACAGGUGACAGUAAAUGUGCUGUAAAAUCUUCUCUUUAUGACUGAGAGUAAACGUGGAUUUUAAAGAGUGGGAAUGUGUCACAUUCUCGCUCUUUAGCCUCAGAUUGAGGCUAAAGCUGUUGGGGUAAAGCUGCAGAUUGUUGGGUGGCCGAGGGCUUCAGGUCUGCGUGGAACGGUGAACUUUAGGACACUUUGUCCUUUAUCAGGGUCGAAAAAUCUAUACGUUUUACCUCAGGUGUUCCAAACACACAACAGAUUCCACAGUGUUGGUCUUUAUUGAGGAUGAAGGAAAAACAAUCAGUCAACGUGUGAAAAACUAAGUACACCCCAUGAUUUAGACCUUGUCCCAAUACCUAUACUACACCCGACACCCCUCUUUGAAGUGUGUACUUUGUAAAAGUGCACAUAGGGGUUGAAGUGCGCAAGUUAACAGCGUGCAAAAUUAGAGAAUUGGGACAGUAGGGGUAAUGCAAAGGGGGCAGAGCGAAUUGGGACACACUAGGCACUCAAACCCAUCAACGGGAACGCGCUGUUGACACAAGGGUGGAAUGGCGAGUAUUGGGACAGGGCCUUAAUAUCAGCUCCAGGUCAGGUCCGCCAUUUGCAGGAUCAUACCUCCAUUUUGUACCUGUAAGCAUUAUUUUUACCCAUAUAUGAAAUCAUAGCACAGCAGUGUGUAUCUCUUGGUGUUUUUUUUAUUCAGAAUUAUGGAGAUAAACAAUCAUAAGAAGCUCAAAUUCAGAUUUUGUCUAAUUUUAUGUAGUAUUUUCUCUAGAUCGAUUUUACUGUUUCCAUUGAUUGUGGUUCUGAUCCCAGUUUGAACCAGUCGACUCGUUUGACAGACUAAGACCCCUGAUCAAACCAGAAUAAUUCAGACUGACCUCAAACUUUGACUCGAGUCGCAAUUAAGUAAUAAAAACAAAGACUUCAGACUUGACUUAGACUCGUGUUCUGGAACUUAAGUCUGAUGAACAAUCUUGUCCUGUAAUCAGGAGUGAAGGCGAGGCGGUCUGUAAGCUACACACUGCCGAUGCUCAUGGUCUCCUGUGAAACGGUGCGCUGGAUGUUCAGGACCACAGGCUGUCAUUUGUUGCUUCAUACCAACAACACACAAUCUUUCUCCUACUAAUCGCUGUAUUAAAUGACUUUGGGUCGUUGCAGAACACAUUGAAUCCAAACUUCCUACGACAUCCUAUUCUGUUGCUGUUAAAAGUUGUUUCGAAGCUGAACCGUGCAGAAUGUUUCUGUGCAGAACCGAGUGCACAGAGCAGCGGUCCAAAUUUAAAACGAGACACCAAAGCAAACAGCGAGGGACCACUUGUACACUGGAUCGUCUUUAAAUCUCCACCCCAAAGUGAUCUUUGUUUUCAACAUACUUAAAACUUCCUAAAUAACAACCUUGACCAUGUUCAGGUGGUUUUAUUGUUGUAUAAUUUAUCCAAGGAUUGGCUAUACUUAGUUAUACCUGAUUAUCCUUACUAAUUGACAAUAAUCAAACCAAAUCUCCAGUCAGUUCUUACCAGCCGCUCUAUGAAGCCCUAAAACAUAAUAAAAGCAAACUGCCAUAAAAUUUUAAAAGAUUAUUUGUUCACUGCUGAAUAAAGUAAACAUAAAUUGUUUCUCUUGAUCGAAGCGUAUCCGAAAAAGCACCAACCUGUGACUUUAAAAGGAGGUCUGCACCGAGACUUUAGUGGACCUUUAAACCCCUUCAUCGACUACUACACUGCUCCCUGCUGUUUGUUGUAAUUUACAGAGUGGAACAUGUUUAAUGUUUAGGCUUCACUACGGUUUGAAAUGCAGAUUUACACAACCCUGAAUACUGGCAUAAAUGAGGGAAAAGCUGGUUCAAAUAAAAAAGCCUUUUAUUUGAACCAGAAAUUCCAGAUUAACAUGUUUUUUAUCAAUUUCCCUAAUUUAUCUCUUACCAUGAUGGUAGAUUUAUUUUACCCAUGCUGAAAAUAUUACACUGUAUCAAUGUUCCAAAUAAUUUGAAGCAACUCGUGUUUUUUGUUGAAUUAUUCGUUAAAAGAUUUAAAGACAAUUGUUAAAAACUUAUAAAUUAGGUCAAACACAGGAUUUAACUUCCUAACCUACAUCGAUCCAGUGUUGUAGGAAGACUCAUUUCAUGAGAAAAGGUUUAUUUUAUUCAUUAGAGACUUGACUUGGACUUGGAGAAAACGGAUGUGUGAACAUAUCUGACUAGAGUUGAAAAAAAUAUUUCCUUUCUGAGGACUCUAAAUAAAUUACAGAGUAAAGAAAAAUAAUCAAAGCAGAUAUGAAAUGUGUUGGUAUGAAUUGAUGCAUGGUCAGUGGAAAUGACCCGAGCUUCGACAAACAUUGGCUACAAAAAGACCAAAACUGCAAAAAUGGUGAAGAGAUAAAAUGGCCAGCACUGUUCAACAACUUUUAGAGGCAGAAAUCUCUCGAACGUUGCAGGAAAUAUGUCAGCGUAGACGUCAGAAAUGGUCCCAAAAUGAACCGAGAACUCAGAAGAUGUUUGUCCGAGUAAAACAUGUCGUGCAGGAACCCUGUCCUGCAGGUUGAUUGUGUGUUUCUCAACAGCUGUUCUUCUAAAAGCGUUAUUUUAAGGCCAGUAUGGAUGAAUUAUUACAGUAAAAAUAGUUUUUAGUAUUUCUUGGAAAGCAGAAUGAAAACAGAGAAGUAUGAAAUUGCAAUAAAAUGGACAAAAUCCAGAAGCAUUUAAAGCAUUUUCACAAAAGUCACACCAAAGAGAUAAAAUAUAACAGGAGGAAAAAACCUAUUGUUUCCACAGUUUAACAGUGCAACCAUGCAAAUGAAAAGAGAACCAGGUAUAUUUUAGUUUGAAUUCAUCUCCUUUAACCGUUGAUUUGAAUGAAAUAACUUCUGUGUAAAGAUCAGAUGUUUUUAGGUGUAUGGUUGCUCUUCAGCAUCAUCAGUGGGGAAGAAAAACAAGUUCUGGAUGAUGACAGGACUUUGUCUUCUCCAUGCAUUGCUACUCGGCUCACAGACGUCCCACAGCCUGUUUUUCCCUGGAUUUUAUCGAUGUUUUUAGGUUUGAUCAGUAAUGCUGGGAACACCUGUCAGUUUCAGCUGAUGUAAAUAAUUUUGUACAUCUAAUACAUUUUAUCAGAGAACAAGCGAGACAAUGCCUGCAUGAUUUAUAUAUAGACAGUAGUUCUGUGAAUUCAGAGGCAUCCAACCACUGCUCCUGUGUGUCAUAGAGAGGUGGUGGCCACGCCGAGCAGAACCUCUCUUCAUGCUACUGUAUCCGCCUGCCGCUCCGACCUGUCAUCAUCCCCGUCACAUUGUGUCACCUCCCCAUUGUGCCUGUGUUAGAAAGCAUAAGGCUGAUAAGCUCCAGUUGUCUCGCACACACUUCAGAUCCUUCAACAAAAUCAUGCUGGUUAUUUGUUCAUCGAUUGAAUGUCUCCCUUUUCAUUCUUUAAUUCAACUGUGAUGACUUACAGGAUUUAACGCAGACCAGGAAGAGUCAUGUCUGCAGGAAACAGUACUCUGACUCAUUAGAAAAUAUGUUGAUGAUGAACUGCCUUGAUAAAAAGAAAGUACACCCUCGUUCAGUUCUGUUGUUUUACAUGUUAGGACCCGAUCUGGUCAUUAGCAGGUUCUGAAGUUAUUUACAUUUAACCUCAGGUGUGAAAAACAGUUUCCACUGUGUGAAUGUUCAAAAGUCAGCCCCUUGAUCCAGCAGCCUGUAGAACCAAUCAGCAGGUUUUCUGUCUGACUUUUUCCAUCUCUCACAUCUUUGUGGCGGACUUUGGGUCCACUCUUCUGUCCAGCUUUGCUCAAUUCAUUGAGGUUUGCAGACAUUUGUUGCUGCACAGCUCUGUCAAGGUCCCACCACAGCAUUUCAGUCAGGCUGAGGUCUCAAGCCUUAACUAUUUUCUUUGUGUUUGGGAUCACUGUUCUAUAACUGACCCAGUUUGGACCAGGCUUACAUCCGAUUCUUGAAUACUUUGGUAAACAGAGUUCACGCUCCACUCUCUUACUGCAAGGUGUCCAAGUUACAUGUAAAACAAGCCAGAUCGUCUUCCCUCCACCACCGGGCUUGACCGUUGGUAACAGCUGGUUUCUGCUGAUAUGCUAUGUUUCAUUUUCUCCAAACAUAGUUCUGUGCAUUAAGGUCAAACAUCUCUACUUUGGUCUCCUCUGUCCAAAAGACAUUUUUCCAGAGGUUUUGUGCUUCAUUCAGAUGCAGUUUGGAAAUGUCCUGCUGCCAUAUUGUUUCUAGAGAGAGAGGCUGUGCCCUUGGUGUCUGUGCAUGUAAAACCCUUGAACUGAAGGAGGGUGUACUUUCUAUUGACAAUGACUGUGACCUUUUCUAUAUCAACUCUGCAAGAUUAUCUUUCUAAACCUUGACAGCACUGUUGUUAAAGUGAUAAUCCAGAGGUUGGAGUCGUUCCAUCAGACAUAUUGUACCAGUUCUGAUGCUUAAUCUUUCAUAGAGCUGUAGUAAACUCAUCCAAACUGUGGUAUAGCCAAAGGGUUUUGGCAAAGUGUUUUAAGUUUUGUGUAUUUAUGUAUGAAAUAUUUUUUAUGACUCUCCAAAGAGUUUGUCAAGUCCCCAGUGACACUGUUGUAAAGGAUGACAGAAGCAUUGAUGACAAUGUCUGUAGUUGUUGUUUCUGAUGUACUGUAUCUAACUUUAAUAGUCUCAACACAUUGACUCCACACUGCUGUUCGAAUGUUAAUGGUUUAAUUUUUAUUCCUUGGAUGUGAAGAACAUAUAUAUAUAUAUAUAUAUAUAUAUAUAUAUUUACAUAUCACUGUUUCUCUUUUUAAUAUGUCAGUAAAUUAGACAAUGUUGCUAUCUUGUGUAUCUGCAUACUAAAGCAGUAUAGCACAGCACAA